AUGUCCAACAACGUGACAGUGGACGACGAGGACCCGGGUAUGGUGUAUUCUCUGUCUUCCAUCGCUCCGCAGUGGAAUCCACUUGGAGAAAGGACAAGGCAUAAAGGGAGUAUUAAUAAGGGUGGUGGUAUACGGGGCGCGUUUGACGGGACUCUGACUGGAACAAGCGAAGCGGGCGCAACCGCCACCUUCUCUUUCAAUGGUAUCACAGUAUACGGCGCAUACGGCCCCAUCCCGAAUAACAUUACUGGCGUUUCCACUACAACUCCACCCAUCUCAAACUAUACCAUCGAUAGUGGAACUCCUGUAUCGUUUUCCGUCGACCUUUUCCCUACGGCAGCGGUUUUCGGCCAACAGUUCUUCGCUACGGAUACCUUGAGUGGUGACGCCGAACACACACUCGUUAUUACCAAUGUUCAGGACGGAGCCUGGUUAUGGAUUGAUGACCUCGUUUUUACUCCCUAUGACGUCGCGGCGGAAGCGAGACCUGCGUACAGGCGCAUGGUUUUCUGGUUCAAAAUGGACAAUAUCGCAGUGUACUUUGCCAAGAUUUCUACGUUCUCGCAACGUCCCCGUGGAUCCACCGCGAAGUCUACCGCACAACCUUCCCCUUCUACCUACGCCAGCCAUGGCGGAGCAACGCCAGUUGGUUCACUCUGA